AUGUUACGAUGUGUUGGAGGAUGGGGGAGGAAUUUGGGCCGGUCAGGGGUUCUGUUGCGCACUGAUGGUGGCCCAUUCAGGGGAUUUACGAGGAAUAUUGGGCAAGUGACUACCGAUCUCGAGAACAUCGGUCCAAAGGAUCAGCCCAAGGGUAAACCCCCAGCUAGUAAAGUGGAUCGGUCGCUGCUCAAGACGGUCGUAUGGGUUGUUAUAUUUGGUUCUAUCUUGACACACGUUGUCGAUAAGGAGAAACAAGUCGAGGAUAUGGAGAGGAGGUAUAAUUUAAAGAUUCAGAUAUUGGAGAACCUGAUAUCCAGGGCUAAGACUGGCGAGUCUGUCAACACUACAGAGGAACUAAAACUUGUCAAUAAGCUCUUUGUAAAGGAUAAAUCUUUGAGCGUAGAGGAGGUGAAGGGAGAACUCGAAAGAUCAAAACUUCCUCAAGACGACCAUAGCGCAGAGGUUCAAAAUGAGGAGUCCCUCGAGGAUAUUUGGAACGAUAUCUUAAGGGAUAUAAAUAGUGAGCCGAGAGAAACUUCCAAGAAACAGUCAAAUAAGACUAGACAGCCUACUACGCAACCAGAUAUAAUUAAGGAUAGAGCACUACUGGCCGAGAUAGCACAGAAGGAGGAGGAGUACGUUAGUUAUUCACCCACCUUUGACAAACAUACAAUAGUGGAAGAUCCCGGAAGCUUCGCCAAAGCUGCAAAGGAUACAAAUGUAAACAAAUUCUUAUAA